UUUCCCUCCGUUCCCAGUUCAAACCAGCAACGCCACCACCAGCCAACACCGUUCCUCCCACUCCACGCGGACCCGUGCUCACCGGCAUCAGCACGCACCCGAAUUCUAGACGCGCUCUCAUGGCGACGCUGGCGUCGUCGUCCGGCUUCGCGCUCGACUUCCUGCGCCGCCUCCUCUGCGCGCGCAGCGCCGGCAAUGCCGACGGUCCCGCCACCGCCGCACCGACACCCCGCCACCUCCCCACGCCGGAAACGGAGCCGAGGAGCCCCUGCAUUGUGGCCAGGCUCAUGGGUCUGGACGCGAUGCCGGCCGAGGCGCCGCACGCCCAGCCGACGCCGACGCCGACGCCGCCUCUCCCGCUGCGGCGGAGCCGCUCCGCGAGUUCCGCGGAGGGGUCGCCAAGCCCCUGGGACGCGCAGCAGCACCGCCACCAGCCGCGGGUGGUCCGGGCGUCGGCGUCGCUGAGGGAGAAGCCGGCGUACCUGAGGGAGGAGAGCGACGAGUUCCUGCUCCUCAGCUUCAGCCCCGAGGGCGACCGCCGCGGGAGCGACGACGCCAGGGAGGAGCUGGAGUUCUUGCUCGCAGCCGCGGAGCCGAAGACGCGGCGUGGCGAGAGGGGACCGGACGCGGACGGGGCCAGGAAACAGGGGAGGAACGGGCACUGCCGCAGGCUGCUGUUCGGCGACGAGGAGGCGGGGCCCUCGUCGGGCUCGGGCCGCCGCAGGAGAAUGCCGGCGGCGGAGUGCGACGCGCAGAGCUCGAGCCCGGUGUCGGUGCUCGAGGUGAGAGAUGCGCAGGAGGAGUCGUCCACCACCACUACCUCGUCGUCCUUGGAAGAGGUGGAGCACGCAGAGCCCUGCUCGGCUACCUCAGUGACUGCAGAUGAAGUUCAGAAUACAUUGGAAGAGCAGAACUCAAGGAGGAAGCCGCAUGCUGAUCUUGACCAGUUCGAUAACCCAUCUCCGGCGAGAAGCUCUUGCCAUGCCUCCUCAAGAAGUUCAGACAGGGAGAGGAGGAACAGGAGAGUCGUGAACAAGGAUGAGGUGAUAGCACCGGAUGUCACUACCAUCUGGCAACCCAUUUGCAGACUGGUUGAGGAAGAUCUCAAGAACAUGAAAUGGUUGGUCCGGGAUGGCGCAGAUGUUGUUGCCGAUAUGGAGUCGGGCAUUCUUGAUCACCUCGUACGUGAGAUAAUGGAUGAACUCGUGCAGGGAAGGCCUGUACAUCCUUCCCCACUGAGAUCCAAGAAACAAUUGGGUGUCAAAAACUUUCAGACAAGACGAACAAUCGGAUGCUACUGAACAAGGAUGGAUUGAUGUAGUCCUCAAUCGCUCUCUGGCUGCAACAUAUGCUCUGAAAUGCCAUAAAGGUUGGUUUAGGAUGAUAUCAAGAUCACUGAAACAAGUGAAUAUGCAUAAUAGAAGUAGGCGUAGCCUCAGAGAUUGCUGAAA